UAAUCAUGUACUAAACUCGUGAAUGAAACUGAAACCCUAAACUAUUUGCAAUAUAUUACCCUGAUGCACGUCGUUACCUGCUGCGAGCAGCGUCCGUCGCCUGCUAGUGGUUGGUGGCGAUAGAGAUGCCCCUCUUUUUUCAGGCGAGAAGACGACAGCGGAGAUCUAGGGCUCACCUUCUGGAGUUGUACUCUACGUCCUAUGUAUGCGCUGUGGUAGUACGGUUGCUCCACCACCGCCAGUUGAAGGACUCAUGCACUGAGCGUAGGACCAACAAGCGAUUGACGAUGUGUAUGAUGUUGACCACCGCACCGGGGCGCAUGAUGGCUCGGCAAGCUGCGACGAGGUCGAGCGGCUCGUCGAUGAGCGUGGGGUGCAGGAGGGAGCGGGAGCAUGGGGAGGAAUACUCUCUUUGCCAAAUGCUCAUACUUGCAUCCUAUCGUCGGUCGUCUCCACCAUCGUGCGACAGUUUCGCCUUUCAUGGCAUUGCAUGGCUUCUCUCCCUGAGAUCUCACCACCGACCCACGCGGUGGCGAGCAGCGUCUUGUUGGCCGCACCCUAGGGCUGGUGGAGCCUCCCAUCGGCCAUCUCCACCAUCGCACGACGAUUUCACCUUUCCUGGGGUUCACAUAGCUUCUCUCCAUGAGAUCUUGUCACCACUGUUCACAACCGCCGCAACAGGGAGUAGGGGAGCGACGGAAUAG